GAUGCCAGAGUCCAGACCACCUUUUCUCUGGCUCCACGUCUUAAAUUACGUGCCUGGCUGCAGCCUGGAACUAACCAAACCCUUCUCACCAAAGGGGUGGGGUCUGGGGGAGAAGCUCUAAAGAGGCCUUGCGAGCGGUACGGUGGCCGACCUGGUGCACCCGAUGCGCGUGCGCAGAAGGGCUGCACGGCGCGUUCUGCUCGUUAUUGCCGGCAUGGGCUCCUCACCGCCGCUGCUGCUCCUGCUGCUGCACCUGUCUGGCCCGUGGCUCGUGCUAGGGAAUGGGCAGGCUCCUAGCAUGGUCCAGCUAGCAGGUGGGAGAUUCCAGAUGGGAACAAAUUCACCAGAUGGCAGAGAUGGUGAAGGGCCUGUCCGGGAGGUGACAGUAAAACCCUUUGCCAUUGAUAUAUUUCCUGUCACCAACAAAGAUUUCAGGGAAUUUGUCAGGGAAAAAAAGUACCGCACAGAGGCUGAGACGUUUGGGUGGAGUUUUGUCUUUGAGGACUUGGUCUCGGAUGAGCUUAGAAACAAAGUGACCCAUCAGAUGGAGUCUCUUCUCUGGUGGCUUCCGGUGGAAAGGGCAUUCUGGAGGCAGCCUGCAGGUCCUGGCUCUGGCAUCCGAGAGAGACUGGAGCUCCCAGUGGUACACGUGAGCUGGAAUGACGCCCGUGCCUACUGUGCCUGGCGGGGGAAACGGCUGCCCACCGAGGAAGAGUGGGAGUUUGCUGCCCGAGGGGGCUUGACGGGUCAGGUUUACCCAUGGGGAAACCAGUUCCAGCCAAACCGCACCAACCUGUGGCAGGGAAAGUUCCCCAAGGGUGACAAGGCCGAGGAUGGCUUCCAUGGAGUCUCCCCAGUGAAUGCUUUCCCCCCACAGAAUAACUACGGGCUCUAUGACCUCCUGGGCAACGUGUGGGAGUGGACAGCAUCAACGUACCCGGCCCCUGACCAGGACAUGCGCGUCCUCCGGGGGGCAUCCUGGAUCGACACAGCUGACGGCUCUGCCAACCACCGGGCCCGGGUCACCACCAGGAUGGGCAACACUCCAGAUUCAGCCUCAGACAACCUCGGCUUCCGCUGCGCAUCCAGUGCAGGCCGGCUACCUGGGGAGUUGUGAACAGCUACUCGGAGCCAAAGAAAAGAGCCCCAUGGCGCCCGUGUCACUCCCUGGCCACAUUCCAGAAGCAGCCAAACUCCAGGCUCUUCAACUUUAGCCUCAGGAAUGACCUCCUUCCCCUUCCCCCAUCCCUCUGUGGCAGGCAUCUCUCACCAGGCCAGGAGAGGCCUCUA